AUGCCAGACCCUGACACUGAGGAACCGUUCGUCGCGAACGCGAUAAUUGCGAACCCUCCGAGCUUUGCGCACGUCCAUUGUGCGGAAGCCCUCGGUAUCCCGCUGCACAUCAUUUUUACCAUGCCUUGGACCCCAACUCGAGCCUACUCACAUCCCCUGGCAAAUGUCCGCAACAACAACACUGACCCCAGGAUGGGAAACUAUGUGUCUUAUGGAAUGGUGCAACUCUUGACUUGGAAUGGUAUCGGUGACGUUGUACAGAGAUGGAGACGCUCCAUCGAUCUCGAGCCUUUGCCAGCAUCGGAAGCACCCUUCAUCAUGGAAUCAUUGGAAAUACCUCACACAUAUUGUUGGUCUCCAGCCCUUGUCCCCAAACCACGAGAUUGGGGCAAGCAUAUUGACGUGUGUGGCUUCCUCUUCCGAGACAUGCCAUCUUAUAGCCCUCCUUCCGAGCUCGAGACAUUCUUGAAUGCCGGCCCACCACCUGUUUACAUUGGUUUCGGUAGUAUUGUCGUCGAUGAUCCAGAAUCCCUCAUCAAGACCGUGCUUGAAGCUGUGGACAGAGCUGGUGUACGCGCGAUCGUAUCCAAAGGGUGGAGUAAUCUGGCAAGCUCUGGAGAUAAUGACAAAAUCUAUUUUAUUGGCGACUGUCCCCACGAAUGGCUUUUUCAACAGGUAGCAGCCGUCGUGCAUCAUGGAGGUGCAGGAACUACUGCUUGUGGCUUGUUGAAUGGCCGCCCGACAACCAUCGUGCCAUUCUUUGGAGAUCAACCUUUCUGGGGCAAGAUGGUCGCAACAGCAAAGGCCGGCGCAGAUCCAAUCCCCUAUAAAUCACUAAAUAGUGAAAAUCUUAGUCAGGCAAUCCGGUACUGCCUUACCACAGAGGCUCAAGAAGCAGCGGCAGGAGUGGCAGAGAAGAUGAAGACUGAGUCCGGAGUGAAAACGGCCAUCGAAUCGUUCCAUCGCAACCUUCCAAUGGAAAAGAUGGGUUGUGAUCUAAUUCCCUCCCUACCUGCAACCUGGAUCUACACUAAGUCCAAGAAUCCUAUCAAGUUAUCAGGUGCAGCCGCCGAAAUUCUUCUCCAAUCACACACAAUCAAAUCCAAUGAAUUGUCCUGGUACAAAUCAAAGCCAAUACACAUCGAGAAUCGUCGAUGGGACGUGGUCAGCGGCACGGUUUCAUCGGGUAUAGGACUCAAUUAUGAUCUCCUAAAUGCUUUGAGCGGAGUGUACAGGAAUCCCCGUGAGAUGUACAAGAACAAAGAAAAACAGCGCUCGCGAGCUGUGUCGACCUCCGGUGCUUCAGGCUCAAAUGUGGGCGCUGAAGAUGAAUCAUCAGACCUGACCACGCUUGAAGUGGCUAAGAUGGUCGGAGCUUCUGCCAGGGGGCUGUCCCAGUUUACAGCAGUUGCAGUACGAGGUCUUCUAGCAGAUGUCCCAGUGGCAGUGUCUGAAGGCCUAAGAAACACGCCGAAAUUAUACGGCCAGAAAGUUCCCGACCAUGCUCCGGUGACCGACUGGAAGAGUGGAAUUACAGUUGCCGGCACGAAUUUUGCUCAACAAAUGUCUGAAGGUCUAUCUGACCUCAUUGUGCAGCCUGCAAAGGGGGUAGCAAAGGAUGGUGCGCUUGGAUUUGGAAAAGGCUUAGCAAAAGGUGUUGUUCAGACGCUGACGAAGCCCACGGGAGCCGCGCUCGGAUUGGUCGGCUACACCAGCCAGGGAAUCUACAAGUCUAUUCGAUCUGCCGUACAUUCAAAGACAAAGAAAUCAGUUGCAUCCGCAGCUCGGGUUCGUGACAAAUAUCACUACCAUGCACACAAAGAAUAUAUCGACGCGAAGAAGGUGAUGAGUGAGUUCGCAAGGCUGGCCAAAAAAUCUCCACGGUCGGAUCCUGGUGAUGAGAGUGGAACUGUAACACCAAACACGACUGCGUCUGAGACGAGACCGUCUACAUCGAGAUCAAGGUCAACAAACGAUGUGGCCGAAAAUCCAGACUCCGCUGUCACUCUACCUUAUUCGAAUUUGGCAAGCCCCUCAUACUCGGCACCCUCGUUCGAUAAUGCACAAUCGUCAAAUCCGAGGAGGCCUUCGAUAGCGCGAUCGAUCUCAAAUGCUGACUCUGAGAGAGCGAUGAUUCAUGAACUAUACUCCCCUGUUUCGAACUCCGAGCCUGACAGGACACCAGUCUAUGAGCUUGAAUCACCGAGUGCAAAUUCCGAGCACUCUCAGAGUUCUUCGAUGCUCGCUGUGACACGCGAGUCUAGUAUCCAGAGAAAGAGUUCAAUACGCAAAUUGAAGAGAGUGCCAGUCCCUAACCGCGCUGAAGUACCAGUGUACGAGCUUGGCCCAUCAUCACCCAGGUCCGAAACGGCACUGACUCCUGUGCCACCGGCAAUCGAAAAUCCAGCAACAAGCCCAGAUACACACGCGAAUUCGAUAAUACCGACAAUCUUAGAGCCUGUGGACAACAAGAAAUCCGAAAAAAUUGCACAUUCUUAA